AUGCCGCCAAAAAAGAGCCUUCGGCGGCGGCCCGCGACACCAAAUCUUAACGUCGCUCAACUUCAAGCUCAAGUACAAGAAGUCCAGAAUCAACCUCUCACCGCCGACCCCAACUCGCCACCAGAGACCCCCACCACAUCGCCGCCUUUCCUACGCAAGAUCAGUCUAAAACCUCGGCGUCAACCCGACUUUCAUGAUUACUUUCAACCAUUGGAUUCGGACCCUAACAUCAAGCCAACUGGCGAUGGACACCAAUUCAGUUAUCAGCCUUCAGUGGGCCCUCAUCAGUUAAGCCCUCGCUCGUCUUCCUCAUCUGGCAUGGCCGACGACAGCAGUGAUGAGGACAGCAGUAGUGAAGAUGAAGAUGAGGAAGAUUCGGCAAGUCCCAGCAUACGAAGCAUGGGAAAUGCUACUGGCCCAGCAGUCUCCUCACCAAUUGACGACUCUGCUAUGGAGCUUGGCGACGAUGACACUGACAGUUCUAGUGAUUCAGACACUUCAGAAUCCGACUCAGGCUCAGAAUCCGACAGAUCCGGUGCCACAGAUGAAGCCGAGACCUCUCAUAUCACUGUUACUUCAACGGCUACGGCCACAGUUGCUUGCAAUUUCACUGUCGAGGAUAUUGACCCUAUGGAUAGCGAUUGCGACGGACUCGAUGUCCUACAACCUACCGAGAUUGAAUCCAAUCGCAGUCGCUCAAGGUCGCGAAGCAGGAAGGCCCACAAGACUAUGGUGAAGGAUUUUAGAAACCUUACUUGCAGCAACGAAACAUCAGAUAACGAGCAGAGUCCUGAGGGUGAGGGCGAGGGCGAACUCGACGAAGAAGCACAGUUCUUGAAGCGCCGCGAGCAAAUCAAGAAAUUCCGACGAAUGAGCAUGGGUAGCAGCUUUGGUAAACGGACACACAGCGAGCUCAGCGACUCAGAGGAUGAGGGCGAGGGGCUCGACGCCAACGAGGUCGGCUCCAGCGCACGUCGUAUGCGGAGAAAGAUGCAUCGCACCAGUCUAUUAUUCCAUGACCCGCCCCCUGCGCGGAUCGAGGAGCUCGAGGAGCCAGACUCCAGUGAGGAUGAACUUGUUGCGCACCAGCACCUCGCAAGGGAAUUGCCCUAUUGGGCCAUCGAAAUUAUGGAGAUGGGCUCAAUCUCCAGCUAG